GAUGAAAAAGAAAAUAAUUGGAAAGAUUAACGAGAAAAAUGUAUGUAUUUGGUAAAAAGAAAUAUUCAUUUUGAUUUGUGAGACUCGCGCGUAACUCUUGUUCUCUGCGACCAAAGGUCCGUUCUUCCAGUAGUUUUAUCGUAAGUCCAAGCCGAUCGAUUAUUAUAAAAAUGGCCGAAGACCAUUUAUCGUCAUUAACAAUCGUAGCUGAUUGCUAGAAUAGAUUAAUAAAACAGAGAAAGAGAGAGAGAGAGAGAGAGAGAGGAAACAAAAAAAGAAGCCUUUAACAGAAGAUACAUAGAUCGAUCGUUUAGCGACACAUACAUCAUAUACAAUGAAGCGAUGCGUUCAUAUCCGAUGGUUUUUGUCGGUUAUAAAUAAAAGAGAAUACUCCGUUGGAUUGUACGAGGAAAAUAAGAAUGUUUAUUUUGCCCUGGUGUACGUUUAAAGAAAGUGGAGAUAGGGCCGCAAUUGGUCGGUUGAUCCGAUCAAUUUAAUUUAAAUGUGUAUAUGUAUAGAAAUGCACAUAAAUGAAAUGAUCAUUGUCGGCCAAGGAAUCACUGUAUUGAUCGGAUAUAUAUAUGUUAUAUUUAUUUAUUUUUUAAUAUUCUGUUUUAUCUCAAAUAAGAACCAUUUGACCGACGGUAAUGACAACGAGAUUGAUCGACGAAUUUCUUGAAAGUAAUGAGAAAUAACACGUCGACUGCGUGAUACACCAGAAAUAUGGAUUAUGGAGCAAGCAAGUAGACAAAAUGUACCGCAACCUAACCACGGACAAUCAAAAUGGAACAUGGUGUUUGAUUUGCUUCCAUUACAUAACAUCGUGCCAAACUCAAAAAAGAAAAGAAAAGAUAAAGAAAAAGAAAAAAAAAAGGGAAAUCUUUUUUAUUUGAUAGUAUAAAUAUAUACUAAUUUAUUCAUCUAUACGUUUGUAAAACGUAUGUUAUAUACAUGAUUAAAUCUUUGUUGGCGUUAUGUGUAAUAUCAUCGUUAUCUUUGUCAUCUUCAUAAUCAUUGUCGUUAUCACGAUCAUUAUAAACAUAUAUGCAUCGUCAUCGCGUCAUCGUCAUAAUUAUUUACAUUCACCGAGAGAGAAAGAGAGAGAAAUAGACAGACAGAUGGACGGACGGACAGAUAGAGAGAAAAAGAGAGUAAGAUCAUGUUUAUUAUCGUCGUCGUUGGCGUCGACUUUAGUCGACUUCAUUAUUAUUGCUAUAUUAUUACCGCUAUUACUAAUUUUUAAAACGAAUCAUGCGCUGUAAAAUGUUUGUUAAGUUUUUGACCUUGCUUACGUAUUUUAAGUAUAUUUAAUAUGCCACGUUGUAAUCACGAUGAAAUCUUGUCUAAUGAAACGGAUAAAACUGGAAUAGAAAAAUUGGGAUACUAGUUUGAUAAGUAACCCGAUCACGGCCUCUCCCCUUCUCCUAACCGAAUUCGUGAAAGCAAACGCGGAAUUUGUAUUUAAAUUCGGUUGCCAUUUGGUCAGAGAAUAUUAAAAAAUAAAAAUGUUUGGUCAGCAUCUAUAAUAAGAAAUGACUAUAUAUCAAUAUGUAAAUCUGUCAUUAUUAUAAAUACUGACCAAAUAAAUAAAAACAUUGAACUUCUUCAGGGAGGAAUUUUGAAAAUCUAUAGAAAUAUUACAGUAAGUGAAAUAAAAAUCAAUGAAAUAUACGUGAGACGCACUGAAAAUGUUAAAUAAAUUCGUAUCGUUUGGUAUUAAAAUUGAAAUGUCUUUAGUCCUUAUAUACAUAUGACGGAUAGGAAAGAAUUCGGCGGGAUAUAUUUGAAAUGGGAAGAGUCACGUGAGGGGUGACGUAGUGCGCAGUUCAAGUUGCGCAGUAGGUGAACACGCGAGUAGGCAAGCAAGUAGCAGGCAGCAGGCAUCCCUUCGUGGUUAUGCCUUGGCUGUGUCUUGGCUGAAAACUUGUCGGUCUGCAUUCCAGUGUCGCGGAGGUUGCGCCGGACGCCGAGCCGACGUCGCGGCGAACCAGCCAAGACACGAGUUAGAGAAAGAGGGAAAGAGGCAAAAAGAGAUCCCUACUCGCGUCCCUUCCUAUGUAUUCUUUCUUCCCUUUCUUCCUUCCCCUAUAUAUCUAUUUUCAUUAACAGUGUGCUGCCGAUCGUACUCGAAGUAUCGUCCGGAAGAAAGAUGAAGUGAAACGUUAAAUACCGGCCGCCGCGUUAGUCGUCCGUUCUUCCUAAACGGAGGGGAGUACCAUAAUCUCUUUCUUAACACGAGAGUCGGUGCGUCUAUAGUAUUUAAAAAACAAAGAGAAAAAGUGUGAGAGAAAAAGAGGUGAGAAGGAUUUUACGCGCGAACAAGACACUGAGUACAAUAGGAUUCAAAAGGAAUGCAUCAAGAUGGGAUCCGUCUUCACCCUACGUGGCAUCGUCACCGUUCUUCUCUAUGCCUUGUUAAACCUUGCAAACGGGCAGAGGCCGGACCUUGGCAUGUCCUUCAAUUGGCAUCCAAAACCUUUGGCCGCGCCGUUGGGGGAUGACGUGAAUUUCGAGUGCAGCCUCAGUCUCGCACCGGAAAGAUUUCAAUGGCGGCACAGGCCUCUCGGCUCGGACAAGUGGACGCCCCUAGCAGCACGUACGGUCAACAACGCUGGUGGUGGUGGCGGUGGUGCUGGAACCAGGUCUGCUGUCGUUGUCAGUUUCGAUGAUAAGUCGAAGGCUGGGGACUAUCGCUGCGUAGCUUUUUAUGGCUCCAGUGGAUUGGCGUCCGAUCCAGCACGGCUGACUUUAGCGACCAUGCACGAGUUCUCCGACAAAAGCGACAUCGAAUUACGCGUAGCAGUUGGUAAUACCGUUCCUAUAACAUGUCCAGUGCCUUACUCCGUCCCGGAGGCUAUAGUACAAUUUUACAAAAACGAAAAAUUAGUUCAAGGAGUUGAACUGAUAAACGGUCGGACGAUAGCCAUAGAAAACGCCAAAUUAUCCGACUUGGCGUAUUAUUAUUGUACGGCGAAUAAUUAUAUAACCUCUCAGACCUGGAGGAGCAAUCAUAUGACCAUCUUGAGCGUUCACGCAAACGUGUCUCAGCAAGCGCCGUAUUUCUUGAAACAAUCCCAAACCGAGUACACCGUUUUACGUGGUAAAAACGUUACCAUGGAGUGUUUUGCCGCGGGCUAUCCAGUGCCUCAUGUUACUUGGACCAGACUAGGUGGUACCUUGCCUUCGAGAUCGAUACAAACGAAAGCUGGAUUAACGAUAAUUAACGUCCAACCUUCCGAUCGCGGGGAAUACGAUUGUGCCUGGAGUAAUGGCGUAUCGAGUCAACCACUCAAAUCUGUGAUCAUUUUGAAAGUUGCCGAGGAACCGAAAAUCCUCAAAUCACCCAAGGCUUUGACCUUUUCCGAGGGCGGGGAGUUGGAAUUGUCCUGUAGCGUUACAGGUCAGCCCGAACCGAGCAUCGAGUGGUUAAUAAACGGUGAAACUUUGCUGCCUGAUAAUAACUUGGAGAUUCGUGGCUCGACUCUAUUCAUAUCGGAGGUCGAGAAGAAACACGCUGGUAUCGUUCAGUGCGUUGCCAGUAACGAGUACGGUUCCGAUUCCGGCUACAACUUGUUGAGGGUUAAUCCAAAACAGCACGUAAGUGGUGCUGCGGCCACUUCCGAGUCUAGAUCAGAAUACGGUUUUCCCGGAUCUUCCAGGCACAAACAUACCACCAGGGGCGGUGGUAGAAGAAGAAACAAGGAAGUGAAACGUAAAGGCACUGUCGUAUUAGUUCCGCCUAAUCAGCCAAACGUUACCAGACUCUCGGACGUCUCCGUAAUGGUUAGAUGGUCCGUACCCGAGAACAAGGGUCUUCCAAUAGAAUUCUUCAAAGUUCAAUAUCGUCAACUUGGUCCAAGGAUAAAUGGUAAACCGGGCAAGUGGAUGACGGCGAAUACGGAGAUUCCUAAUCACGUGCGUUCCUUCGAAGUUACGGAUUUGCAGCCGGACAAUACCUAUCGAUUUCGAAUCGCUGCCGUUUAUUCGAACAACGACAAUAAAUUGAGCCCGAAUUCGGUGCGUUUUCAUUUAAAUCACAACGGUGGCUUUGAAAGCAAUAGGAUGCCGAUCCCCUUGUUGACAAAUACCGAAGCCUUGAGUUACAACGAAGUGUUGCUCGUUUGGCAAAAUCUUAACAAAUCGGCGAAAAUCGAUGGGUUUUACGUUUAUCAUCGUGCCUCGAGCUCGGCCGGGGAAUACGUUAAGACUACGGUCGAGGGCAAGAAUUCCACGAACAUUACGAUAUCUCAUUUACAACCGGACACCACUUACGAAUUUAAAGUACAAAGCUUCUCCGUAGACGCUGCUUCGGAAUUUUCUCAAAUUCUUCGACAGAAGACGAAAAAAGGUCCGAUAAAAGAAGAAAAAAAAGCAGUCGACGAGCAAGUAGUCGCUGAGAACAAAUUGAAGCCAACGGACAGCAAUCGGAACGACAACACGUACGAGAUUAUUGGUUCCGCUUGCGGUACAUCCGCUCUCUUGGUCAUCAUUGUGCUCUUAGCGCUCUGUUACAAGAGGACCAAGAACAAGCAGAGUCCUCGCGAAUCCUCUCAAACCGAGUGCGGGAAACCAAUAGCAAAUGGAAGAGUUACGAACGGAGGUGUCACCGAUUCGAAAAUUAAUAUAACGUCGAAUCCACUGGCAGGUCUCGACGCUUCCGACGACACGAUCCAACCUAAGAGCGGACAGCAAUCGUCGAUGGAAAUGACCUCCUUUCUAAACGGGCAAAACAACAACGGCAACGGCAACGGCAACGACAGCGGCAGCGGCAGUGGCAACGACAACGGCAAUGAGGACUCCGUUGGAAUCGACGUGGAUGUUUCCCGUAGUAACGAGCCAGCAGCACCCCCGCAUCAAGGAUCACCACCUAACGAGCAACCACUUUGAAUGACAUUGAAACGUAUUCAUUGACGAAUAUCGCUUAGUUAUACACACCGACACUCACGAGUUCACGUUGACUUUAAGAUAAUAGGCAGCUUUUUACGGAUACGUCCGAUUCUUCCAUAACAAAAUUCCGGAUAUCCGUUGUCUUUUUUUUUUUUUUUUUUUUUUAUAUUACGACAAUUAGAAUCGACACGUUAAUUGCUUCAUUUAAAUAAUAUUUUUCAAAUUCUAUUUUCGCGCAUGCACAAAUAUACAAAGUUACUGUAACGUUACGUUUGAAUAUUAAGUGUAUGUAACUUUUGCGACAUGUGAAAAGAAAUUCGAUUCGAAAAAGCUUCAAUGAAAGAUCUCUUCUUCGUGAACGUAUCGCGCUUGUUAAUAUUUCAUUAUAGAAAUCGCGCUAUAUUUGUAAAUAUAUAUAAUUCAAGAUACGUUUUAUCUUCGAACGCCGUCCAACGAGAUAAACGCGCCGUGUUUUACAAACACAUACGCAUAUGCACACAUACACGCACACACCCAGACAGAUACACAUAUAUAUGUAUUUUUUUUA